CCCAAUCGACGCACGUUGGUGUACCAGCAGUAAAAAUGGAGAGUGACACCACAAUAAGGCGAAUAAAAGCCUACGGUACUCAGAAUAAUGUCUCGCAACGGGACAGGGAUGCUCUGCAACAGUACGGAAACAACGGUUGUGGUGAAGUGAAAAAGAAGCCUGAAGUUAGUUUGUAUUUGCUGAGCGAAGGGAUCGGAGUUGUUUUGGUUGCUGUGUUCAUGCUUUUGCUGUGGGGACUGGUCCAUUUAUCGCUGCAGCAGCUAGUCAUCGGGAAAUCCACCGGCGAGUUCAAUGCGAUAAGGGCAAGAAAACACCUGGAGAAGAUCACCAGCGUGGGUCCAAGGCCCGUGGGAAGUGUGGAGAAUGAAGUACUGACAGUUAACUACCUGCUUGAUCAGAUUGAGCACAUCCGAGCAGAGACUGCUGCUGGCCCCCACUCUGUCUCUGUCAAUGUCCAGCGCCCCACUGGUUCCUUCAGCAUUGACUUCCUGGGUGGAUUCACCAGCUUCUAUGACAAGGUCACCAACAUUGCCGUCAAACUGGAGCCCAAGGCUGGGGCGAAACAUCUCAUGCUGGCUAACUGUCACUUUGACACUGUUGCCAACAGCCCAGGAGCAAGCGAUGAUGCGGUCAGCUGUGCCGUUAUGCUGGAGGUGUUGCACUCCCUGGCCAACCUCUCCACACCUCUGCGGCAUGGGGUGGUGUUCCUUUUCAAUGGGGCAGAGGAGAACAUACUCCAGGCGAGUCACGGCUUCAUCACGCAGCACCCGUGGGCAACACAGGUCCGAGCAUUCAUCAACCUGGAGGCGGCAGGCGUGGGGGGCAAAGAGGUGGUGUUUCAGACAGGACCUGAAAACCCCUGGUUAGUUCAGGCCUAUGUGCAUUCAGCCAAGCACCCCUUCGCCUCUGUGGUUGGCCAGGAGGUCUUCCAGAGUGGGGUGAUCCCCUCAGACACGGAUUUCCGAAUCUACAGGGACUUUGGGAAUAUCCCAGGGAUCGAUUUGGCCUUCAUUGAAAAUGGAUUCAUCUACCACACGAAGUAUGACACUCCAGACAGGAUCCUGACGGAAUCGAUACAGAGAGCGGGUGACAACAUCCUGGCAGUCCUGAAGCACCUUGUCAUGUCGGAGAAGCUGGCAGAUUCCUCAGAGUAUCGCCACGGCAACAUGGUGUUCUUUGACCUGCUGGGUGUCUUUGUGGUGGCCUACCCAGCUCGUGUUGGAACCAUCAUUAACUACAUGGCAACCAUGGCAACGUUCUUCUACUUGGGCAAGAAGUGCUCUUUGCCUAGCAACGGGGGGGGCCGGUACGUGCGCGAGCUGGCCUGUGGCACCGGGGUGGUGAUCCUGAGCUGGAUCGUCACCCUGCUCUCUGUGCUCAUUGUGGCCCUGCUGGUGUCCCUCAUGGGUCAGUCCAUGUUCUGGUACAACCACUUCUACAUGUCAGUCUGCCUAUACGGUGCUGCCGCCGCUGGCAAGAUGAUCCUGGUUCACACACUGGCCAAGAACCUCUAUUACGGGAGCGUUAGGCGGCUGGAGCUGGGGGAGCUGUUCUUCGACGUCAGCUUGCUGCUCUGGUGCUGCUCCCUGGUCUACCUCACCCAGCAGGGCCUCUGCUCCGCCUACGUGCCCAUGCUCAUGGUGUCCUUCCCACUGGCCACCAAGCUGCUGCUCACCCAGGAGUUUAAGCAGAGAGGUGCGACGGUGAAGUACUCGGUUCUGUACCUACUGGGUCUGGCACUGCCCUACGUGCACUUCAUAUUCCUCAUCUGGGUGGUGUUCGAGAUCUUCACCCCAAUCCUGGGGCGCAGCGGCACGGAGAUCCCCCCAGAUGUGGUGCUGGCCUCCCUUGUCACCCUGGGCACCAUCUUCCUCUCCUCUUUCUUUCUCCACUUCAUCUACAUGGCCAGAAGCACCAAAUGGAUUUUGGCGGGGCUCGGCACCAUCUUCACGGUGGUUUUCAUACUGGUCUCCUGCGGCUUGUUCUUCCCCUACACGGCUGAUCCGGCCAGCCCACGACCCAAACGGGUCUUCCUUCAGCACACCACACGCACCUUCCACGGGCUGGACGGUGAGGUGGAGAGGCGGGACUCAGGCCUGUGGAUCAAUAGCUUUGACUACACUGGAAUGCGCUACAUCACACCGCACAUACCGGAGAUCAACGAGACCAUCCGGACCAAGUGCAAGGAGGACCUCCCCUUCUGCGGCUUCCCCUGGUUCCUGCCUGUCAAGUUCCUUGUCAAGAAAAAUUGGUACCUUCCUGCCCCUGAAGUGUCACCAAAGUCCCCCGUAGAAUUCAAGCUGCUUUCGAAACAGGAGACGGACUGGGGUACAACUAAGAUGACUUUUGAAGUGAAAGGGCCCAGCCACAUGUCCCUCUACCUCAUGCCCCACAGUGGGGCUGUCCUGUCCAGCUGGUCCUUCGGAGAUGGGACGCCACAGUUUGACCUCAACGGGGAGUACUUCAUAUUCUACUCCCACGGCCUCGAAUCUCCGGUCUGGAACUUCUGGUUUGAAAUACAGCCACCCAAGUCUCCAAACCCCUCAGGACCAGAGGGGAUGAUCUCAGUGGCCAUCGCAUCCCACUACUUUUUCGGGGAAGAUCAGAAGACGCCCCAGCUGCAGGAGAUGCUGCAGAGGUUCCCGGUGUGGGCCUUCCCCUCGUCCUGGGUCAGCACCUACCACAUGUACCGAUACUGAGAGCCUGGAGUGGCACCCACUUCCUCUUGCUCCACCCAGCACACACAUGCAGACGUCCUCCAUCCCAGCUCACCUCCAGAGACAUCCCUGUCACUGUGUCAAUAGGGUAGUAACAGUGGAGCCGUGUGAAAGCCAAGCCAGAAUUAAGCCUAGUAAUUUCUGACUAACCUACUGACAAGGUCGUCUUUGAUGCAUUCAUUUGUUUUAUACUCUCUUCUUAAUCCUUAAGCAACACAGAUCGCUUUGCAUGUUUGCCAUUGUUCAUCUAUUGUCUUUCAGCGUUCCCUUGGAACAAGAGUAGUCAUUUAUGUUAUUCCUCUGAGGUGUAAAUGUCAAAGUGAAUACCUAGGGUCGAUAUUUCUACUAUUCUGUGGCCUUUCACAGGCUAAGCUUGAGAGUCAUCAAAGGUGGCAUUCUGACAGACAACAGGAAAUAAGUGCUUUAUUUGUAGCUAUAGGCCUUUGCACGAUGUGCACACUGUAGUAGCUACGUUGCAAGGAUCUUUUAACACUUCUCUUAGAAGUACAAUUGACGGUUUUUUACUGAACUGUAAAAAGAGCAAUGCAACUUGAAUGAAUGUGGUUUGUAAAUAUUAGCGUCAACUGUAUCCUGUGAACUCAUGCUCAAACCAGCACCCUGUGAUCGUAGCUGAUGUAGGGUAGAUUCAGUGCAACAGUUCGGUUGAAAAAACAGUAGAAGUUGAUGGAAUUUUGCCGUUCUUCUCAACCCUUAAACAAGCAGAGUUGCCCAAAGACAGCUUAUUAUCAUUUUAGUAAGUUUCCUUCUCUACACAGGGUAUCCAGGACUACUGUAGUUAAAAGGGCACUCUGAUCAAAAAAUAUUUUUCAUUUGUGUUAUUACAUCAAGUAUGUGUGAACUAUAUGCUCUUUUGUCUGUAACUGAGCAUUUCAAAUCACUUCCUGUAAGCUGAGAAUUAAACCCUCCUCUAAUAAAUGAUGCAUGCUGGCCUUACUACAAGGUAGAGCUUCUCAUUACAAUGAACAGGAGAAUACAAACCUUUUAGGAAAAAAACAUCACAUUCUGAUCACUUAAAAACACAUAAGAAUCAAAAAAUAAAUACAAAAGUGCUUUGGGAGUUUAUGGUGUCUUGUGCAUGGUAACAGCUUAAUUGUUUAGAAAUUGAGUGAACAGCAAGGCUCCAUUCACACGAUUUUUGAGCAUCACCUCUGGUUUCAUUUGAGCAUCAUUUUAGGUAUGAAUAAUUACAGUUUUAUAUUUUACACAAUGUGUAGGUAUUUAGGUCUCCUCCUGAGAUGUGCCAAGUCAUACUCUUGUCAGGAAAAAGGAAGUGGGUCGGUUCAGCCACAGCUGCAUAUAAAAUGCAUUUCAGCAGAUUUGUUACACAAGAUGGACCAGAAAAAAAGAUUUUGACAUUAUCUUCAGUAAUCUAAUUUAAAGGGAGCGCAGAAUCUGUGUAAAUUGUGAUUAUACUGUAUUGACCCUUUUCCAAUAAAUCUUUUUGUUUCUAAUUCUUAUUGACAUUCCCAGUGUGGAGUGGUAGAUCAUAUGCAAUCACCAUGCACAGACUAACAGAUACACUCAGAGGAAGAGCAUGAUUUAGCGAGUUAUAUGUGGGGGAGGGUGAAAGCAGAUUUUUUCCUUUCUUUACUUCUCUAUUCAAUGUAAUGAAAAGCUCUGCGGUAGCAAGGCCAGCUUGCAUCAUUGUCUGGUGGAGCAGGGUAAGGUCCUUGGCUUAAGGGAUGCAGUCCAGAAUGCUCAGUCAUAUAUGUAAGAACUUUAAAUUUGAGAAUAUAUGUUAUAAUAAUAUUUUUACCUGAGUUCUCCUUUAAAGUGAACCCUUUUAAUAUCCCAAGCAAAGACUAAUUUGGGGAUAUGAAAAGGCAGGGUGAUAUUAACAGGGUAUGUUUGGAAGAAUGGAACACUGUGGAGUGGUUAAAAAUGAUGAGGAGACAUGAACUGGUUAAUCUGUGUGAAAAUGCAUUAACAUUUCAGUAACAUCACUGUGGUUUAGCUCCCCCACCCUUGCUGCUUAUAGCAGCACACUGUUUCUUUGAGGUUGAUGCUGGUUACUGGUUCACAAGGGCCUCUCUGGGUUUUUCCACAGAGAUGGAAGGAGGGUGAUUUAAAUCUGAAUGAGAGAGCACAUUGGCCCCUCUGUUCUGGAGGCGUGAGUGUCUUGAAAUUUUUCACCUGUGACCUGGAUCUUUUCCCUUCAAUGGGGAAUCAGCUCAGCCGAACUGCUGCCACCGCUGCCUCUGUGCUCUGCUUUUUCGACUGUGUUUAUGUGUUUGUGCGCCACCUAGAGUUGGACAAGGGCUAACUCGACGGUCUCAUCCACUCGUCUACCAAGCAGAGUGUGCAUGUAGGUAGCCACUCAGAACAGAGAUUUGAGUGCGCUUAGGGGGGAGGGAUAGAGAGGGAAGCGUGUGUGUUCUGUUACCUCAGAGUUUGUGCUGCAUUUAAUAUCCUAAGAGGACAGAGCCUCUCUCCCAAAGUACAGCUGCUUUCCAUGUCCUUUUGAGGAACACUGUUUAGAAGAGUAGACCCAUUGAUGUCACGGUGUGAGGCGUGAGGACAUACUUUAAUGUGCACUUGAUUAGUCCGUACACUUGAAGGCCUCUAGUGGACAUUCUGUUCUGGCGAAAACAUUUAACUCCAGACCACGGAGGUCCCACGUGGACCUGUCCCCUCACCUCCUUUGUCUCCUCAAAAUGUCUUCCUCUUCCUGUAACUCUGUGUAACCAGUCUCGUGCUAUACUUCACUGUGAACCGAGUUCAGUCAAAACUGCGCGUGUGCAUCUGUUGCUCCGCGUUUAAGAGAAACGAUGCUUCUGAACAAAUCUCAGCCUGAUGUUUGUGAAGGCUUUGCGGUUAGAGUGUGAGUCAGUGUUGGUUAGCAGUUCAUUACAAUGUCUCUCCGCUUGCGGCAAUGUACAGUAUUGUGAGUGUUCCAGCACAAAGUGGCUGCCCUUAUCCCACAUUGGAAUAGUCACGAAAGUUAUAUCUGAACUAUGCAAGUGACCGCUUUUAUGUUGGUCUUGAAGCACUUCAAACGUAGUGGCAACAUUGCAAUACAACAGGAGUGUAAAUAGGCGUGGGACAUUUUCGACUGCCACUUUUAGGGAGUACAUUGAGUUCACUUCAUGCCUUUCACAUUAUUCAACAGCAUGUGCUUUCAGGAUGGCCGCUGCAGAGAAAAUGACUUCCCUUUCAAAAUGGGAUUGCAAAAAAAAAAAAACAAAACACAGUACGAGUAACACCAAGCCUUGCUUUUAUCUAGCUGUGUAUCCAAGUGGCUGUCCUCAGCCAGCUAGGUAGCUAAGAUUAAGCUAACAGUAGUAGCAAUAGCAGUAGCGUGUUAUAAGCAUUCUUUUUGGGCUUCCUGUGACUUUUGCUGGCAGAGGAUGUUGAAAGCUUAAGGUCAUCAAAGACUGAUUUCUACAAACUGCUUUAUGACUUUUUUCCUUAAAUGCCAAUACGGUUUUCUUACUACCCUCUGGCUACAUGCACUUACAAAUAAAUAUAUUUAUGGUCAUAGCAAGGACUGGACUGUACAGCAUUGUUUUGUAGAAUAGAAGUGAGGUUUAAAUCUCUAUUUUUGUCAUAUCCAUUGCUGCACUUGCAAUGAAAAUUCCCAGCAUCUUUCUCUCAUAGUAUGCAUGUAUAGAAAUAUACAAGAAAGCAAAAUUAUAAUGAAACUUUUAUGGAUUUUGCCAUGUAUGAAAUUACUCAUAUGUUUUAGGAUAGCUGCACAAUAGAAUGAAAAAUAUUGAAGGGGGUCUCGCCGCUUUGGUGUAUGGCAUAAAUAUUAAUGUUUAUUAAUAUCUGUCUUAGUCAAUAGAACAUUUCCAAAGUUAAUAAAAAACUUAAAGAAUUCUGAAGUAAUAAUCACCA